AUGCUGCAGCUGCUCGUGCUGCAGCACCAACAGUUGCUUCAGCAAGGGCAGCGACAGCAGCAGCAGCAGCGGCAACAGCGAAACAGCCAGCUGCUAAGGUGCCAGCAACAGCAGCACCAGCUGCAGCAGGACGAGCAGCAGCAACAGCUGCGGGCGUGCCGUCCCAAGCACCAGCAAGCACCAGCUGCAGCGCGAGCUGCAACAGCAAGAACAGCGGCACCAGCACCUGCAACGCCAACUGCAGCAGCAGCAGCAGCAGCACCACCACCACCACCACCACCACCACCAGCAAGUGCUGUGGCGCCUUCAGCAGCAGCAAGGCCAACAGCAGCAGCAAAGCCGACUGCAGCAGCAAGCCAAACAGCAGCAGCAAGGCCGCUAGCAGCAGCAAGCCAAACAGCAGCAGCAGGCAAGCUCCCAGCAGCAGCAGCAGCAGCAACAGCGCCAGCAGGAGCAGAAUCGGCGACAGCAAAGAGAGCCUCGGCAAGUACAGCGCCAGUAAAAGCAGCAGCAGCAAGAGUAUCAGCUGCUGCAGCAAAGCCAUAUGCAGCAGCAGCGCAAGGAGCAGCAGCAGCAGCAAAAGUGCCAGCAGUUGGAGAAAUAGCAGGUGCAGCAGCAGCAGCAGCACCAGCUGCUGCACCGCUAAAAGCGACAGCAGCAGCACCAUCCGCAGCAGCAACAGCAAAGCCACCAGCAGCAACGGCGCCACGGCCAGCAGCAAAAGCAGCCAAAGUAGCAGCAGCAGCAGCAGGGCAAGCGCCAGCACCAGCAGCCACUACACCAUCUGCAGGUGCUGCAGCAACGGAAGCACAAGCACCAGCAGCAGCAGCAGCAGCAGCAGCAAAGGCGCCCGCCGCUGCGACGCCAACGGCGCCACUGGUGGCAGCAGCAACAGCAACAAGAGCAGCAGAAAAUUCAGCAAAAACACCACCAAGAAGAGCAGCAGCAGUAACAGCAGCAAUACCAGCAGCAGGAGCAAUACCAGCUGCAGCAGCUAUACCAGCUGCAGCAGCAGCACCAGCAGUAGCAGCUGCAGCUGCAGCACCAGCAGGAUUAACUCAGUUGAACACACAUGAAGCACUUACAGCAAUAGGAGCAGCAGCAGAGGCUGCAGACGCAGCAGCAGCAGCAGCAGCAGCAGCUCUAGAAGAUACAGCAGCAGCAGCCCCAGCACGAGCAGCUCAAGAAGACACAGCAGCAGCAGCAGCUGCUGCUGCACUGGCAGCAGCAACGCGGUUAACAGAAGAAACGACAGCUGCAGCACAAACCACGACAGCAGCAGAACCUUCGCCAACAGAAGCAGAAGCAGCAGCAGCAGCAGCAGCAGAUGCACUAAGCCCGGCGCAAGAAGUAGCAGCAGCAAUAGCAGAAGUACUAGUAACAGCAGAAGCGCCAGCAGCAACAGCAGCAGCAACCGCAGCAGCAGCAGUGGGCCCACAAACAGCAGCAGCAACAACGCUUCCCUCGACAGCAGCAAAAGAAGCAGCAGCAGCAGCAACGAACGAAGAGGAAGCACUGGCACCUGCAACAACACCUCCCGCAGCAGGAUUAGAAGCAGCAGGAGAAGCAGCAGCAGCAAUAGAAGCAUCAGCAGCAGAGGCCGAGGCCGAAUCUAAUUCACCACAAACAAAAGCAGCAGCAGCAGCAGCAGAACCAACCGAGCAAGCAUCUCCAGCCCCGCCGCCUUCCCCAGCAGCAGCAGCAGCCACAGCCACAGCAGCAGCAGCAGCAGCCACGGCAGCCGCAGCAGCAGAAGGCCUUUUGCUGCUGCUCUUCUUGCCAUUUUUGUUUCUACUUAUUAUUUCCUUUUUUCUUUUCUGCUGUUUCUUCUAUUCCUUCUUUGCGGAGGGGGCCCCCCCCGGGGGCCCCCGCGGCGCCUGCAGCAGCAGCAGCAGCAGCAGCAGCAGCAGCAGAGGGGGCCCCGCGGCGGCGGCUGUGUGCCAAACUGUGCCAGUGCUGCGGGAAGGGUUUUGCGAAAGAGUUGUUGCUGUUAAAGAAGCUUUUGCAUGCGCUGCUGCUGCUGCUGCUGCAGUGGAAGUGUGCGAAGACGUGGCUGUGGAGGUGGCGGGCAGCUGCAGCAAAGAGGUGCAGCAGCAGGAAGAGUACCCCUGCGUGCAGCAGCAGCAGCAGCAGCAGUGCAGAGAAGUGGAAAGCACUUGCUUGCAGCAGCAAAUGGAAACUGAAGAAUAUGAAUGCGGGAAGCGGCGCUGCAGGCGAGUGGUGCAGCAGCAGCAGCAAAUGUGCGAGCGGGUGGUGGAGGUGCCGCGCAGCUUCCCGUGUCUGCAGCAGCAGCAGCAGCAGCAGCAGCAAGUCUGUCGCUGGGAAGCAGCACAAGUCCCCGCCACUUGCUUCCGCGAAGUCCUCAAAGAAGAGACUUAUCCUUGCCAGCAGCAGCAGCAGCAGCGGCAGUGCAGAAUGGUCACAGUGCAGGUGCGCAGCAGCUGCAGCCGCCCCGUGCUGCAGCAGCAGCAGCAGCACUGCCUCAAGACCCGCGAGCAGCAGCAGUGUCUCCUUGUGUCUCUUCCAGUCCCCUCCCGCUGCCGCAGACCCACGGAGCAGCAGCAGCAAUACAAAUGCUUCAAAACUGUUUACAAACGCAAGUGCAGCAAAAGAAAAGUCAAAGUCCCGGUCCCCUGCAGCAGCAGCAGCAGCAAACACCUCCAGCAGCCCCCCCACAAACACCUCCAACAGCCCAUUCUGGGGCCCCCCCUUGACGAGGGGCCCCUGGAGGGGCCCCUGGGGGGGCCCCUGGAGGGGCCCCUAGUGGGGGCCCCCCUUCACCAGGGGCCCCUAGAGGGGCCCCUGGAGGGGCCCCUGGAGGGGCCCCUGGAGGGCCCCCUAGAGGGGCCCCUGGAUGGAGGGCCCCUGGAUGGGGGGCCCCUGGAUGAGGGGCCCCUGGAGGGGCCCCUGGAGGGGCCCCUGGAUGAGGGGCCCCUGGAUGAGGGGCCCCUGGACGAGGGGCCCCUAGAUGGGGGCCUCAUAGAGGAACACCUCCUAGGCGGGCCCCUUGAAGAGGGGCCCCUGGAUGAGGGGCCCCUAGAUGGGGGGCCCCCCGUGGCCAGCCCCAGAACAUAUCAUGCCAGGGGCCCCCAGGGGGCCUUUGGGGGCCCCCGCAUGCAGGGGGCCCCCCGCAUGCAGGGGGCGCCCCCCAUGCAGGGGGGCCCCCGCACGCAAAGGGGCCCUCAAGGCGCCUUUGGGGGCCCCCUCGAGGGGACCCCCCGCAUGCAGGGGGGCCCCAGCAUGCAGGGGGUCCCCCGCAUGCAGGGGGCCCCCCGCAUGCAGGGGGGCCCCAGCAUGCAGGGGGGGCCCUUGUAUGAAGAAUACGACAUGGAUGAGGAAGAAAUGGGUCUUGAUAUGGGGGCCCUAAUGGGGGGCCCCCAGGGGGGUCCCCAGGGGGGCACCCCCGUGGGCCGUUUGGGGGCCCCCGGGGGUCAGCGGGCUGUGGGGGCUUGGCAGGGAGAAGGGGGGAGGCCCACGUUUGCUGCAGCAGCAGCAGCAGCAGCAGCAGCAGCGCCGGGCCAGUCGUUCAGCGCCGCUGCGGGCGCCGCAGCAGCAGCAGCAGCAGCAGCAGCAGCAGCAGCAAACGGAGGCUACUACUACGCAGCAGAAGAAUUUGAAGAAGCUGAGAGAAGGCUGGGGGUGAAAAAGAAAAGGAAAAGGGGGGGCCCCCGGGGGGCCCCCGAGGGGCCCCCCGUUGUUGCUGUUGUGGGGGUGCGGGGUGUAUGUACAGUGCAGGUGGAAGCAGCAGAAAGCUACCCGUGCAUGCAGCCGCAGCAGCAGCGGCAGUGCCGCAACGUGAAAGUUGCUGUUGCUGCUUCCUGCAGCAGGAAGGUGAAGCAGCAGCAGCCGUACCCCUGCAUGCAGCAGCGGCGCGUGCGGCGCUGCGAGCUGCAGCAGGUGCAGCCGCCGCCGCAGCAGCAAAUCUGCACCGAGCUGCAGCAGCAGCAGCAGCAGUACCCCUGCACGAAGCCAGUGAAGGCCGUGCAGUCCCCAGGGCCCCCCAGCCCUGCAGCAAACACACUUGCGCAGUCCACAAGAAGCACAAAGCCAAGUACUGAUGCAGCAGCAGCAGCAGCAGCUGCUGCUGCUGCUGCUGCGGCAGAAGCAGCAGCAGCGGCAGCACAAGCAGCGGCAGCAGCAGCAGAAGGAGCAGAAGCUGCAGCACGGCAGCAGAUGCGGCAGCAGCUGCAGCAGGUGUGA